AUGUCUUUCUUCUUCGGCCGUGGCCGGUCGCGGCAGCCGGCUGAUAUUGUGCGAGCCACAAAGGACCUGCUGCUGCACCUUCGGGACUCCCCCAAUGCCCCCAAGGUCGACGAGGAGCUGUCCAAACAGCUCACCCAGAUGAAACUCAUCGUCCAAGGCACCCAAGAAGUCAACACAUCCCCCGAACAGGUCCACGCCCUGGUCCAGGUCACCCUGCAAGAGGAUCUACUCUACGAACUGUCCCGAGCACUCCAUCUACUCCCAUUUGAGGCGCGCAAAGAUACUCAGACCAUCUUCUCACAUAUCCUCCGCUUCCGGCCAGCAUCGUAUGCCCCCGACAAAGACCCGCCCGUCGUGUCCUACCUGGUCCACCACCGACCCGAGGUCAUCAUCGAGCUCUGUCGCGGCUACGCCCAUCCCCAAAGUGCCAUGCCAUGCGGUGUCAUUCUGAGGGAAGCUCUCAAAUACGAUGGCAUCACGGCCGUCGUCUUAUAUGAUCAAUCGAACGAGGGAGAGCCUGCUGUGCGGCUAUCCGAGUUGAAGCCCAGCGUGCUGCAGAGUGGGAACGGAGUGUUCUGGAAUUUCUUCGAAUGGAUCGACAAGGGCAAUUUCGAAGUGAGCGCCGAUGCGUUUACGACAUUCCGGGAGAUCUUGACACGUCAUAAAAGCCUCGUCACAUCCUACCUAGCCACGAACUUUGAUGUGUUCUUCGGCCGAUUCAACAACAUCCUCAUACAGUCGGACUCGUACGUGACCAAGCGACAAAGCAUCAAGCUGCUGGGCGAGAUCCUGCUGGACCGGGCCAACUACAGCGUGAUGGUGGCAUAUGUGGAGAGCGGGGAGAACCUCAAGCUGUGCAUGAAGCUGUUGCGGGAUGACCGCAAGAUGGUGCAAUACGAGGGGUUCCACGUUUUCAAGGUGUUCGUGGCCAACCCGACCAAAUCGGUGGCGGUCCAGCGCAUUCUCAUUAAUAACCGGGACCGGCUGUUGCGAUUCCUGCCCAAAUUCUUGGAGGACCGGACGGACGAUGACCAGUUUAUGGACGAGAAGAGCUUUCUGGUACGCCAGAUCGAGUUGUUGCCCCGGGAGCCCGUCGAGCAGGCUCGGCCGCGCCCGUCGCAGACGGUCAACGGGACGGCGGUGGCAUAG